AUGCAGACACCGGAUGGCGUCCCAGCAGCUUUCCUUGAGGCGAAAAAAGAGGAGAUUGCAAAACGUCAGGAGGAAGAAAAGCAUGUUGAACACGAAAUGCGACGAAGGGAAGAUGACUUAAAUCAAAAAGGUGCAGGUCGAACAAGUUUGAAUCCUGAACAAUCAGAUAACCAGCAGCGUAUUUCAUCUGUCAAAAACAAUGGGGUGUCAGAAGUUGGCGAGACCAAAGUUCCUUCUAGUCAUCACCGUUCUGCUUCACGUACUUCAUCCCCACCAUCCCCUCGUGCACGUACAGCUAGAGAGAAGUAUGAAAAACUCGAUAAGAUAACCAGCUCAUCUGCUCAUCGAGAAGAAACGAGUUCCUCGCGUUCACCUGAACCACGCCAUCGUCGACAUCGCCACCGUGUUUCAUCUGAUAGAUCUCCAGCCCAUACAGAACGUCGUCGUUCACAUUCCCGCCAUCGUCAUCGUCGGUCUACAUCGCGUACUAAAGUGGAGCAAAAACCAAAAUCGCCGGUUGGUGAUUGGAGGAAAGAUUUGAUGGCUGGUCGACGUCGCAGUCCACCGGAAAUGCCUGAAAGUAGCUUUUAUGGAAAUGAAAAGCGAUCUAAAGGCCAUAAGCAUUCCAAAAAGCAUGACAAGCAUAGGCGCAGGGAUACUCAUUCACACAGAUCUCAUCGAAAAUCACAAUCUCACAACGCUGAUGACCAUCGAUCUCACAGACGGAUUCAUGAUAUGGAACCCCGGCAUCACACAAUGGCUGAUUUAACUGAAAGGGAUGUACGUUCAGGUUAUUUGGAACAUUCUAAAAGAGAUGGUUUUGAUGAAAACUGUAGAAGAUAUGAGGGUCCUGAUCCAGUUGAUCAUUACGACUACCGUUCUUCUGGUAGACACAGACAUGAUUCGGAGUCAUAUAACCGUAACAUAAGCCCACGAUCAAAUCGUGUGCACCCUAGAGAACCUGGACGGUCUGUCAAGGAUCAUAGUCAUGCACGCCACUUGCAAGAGGAUAACGACACUAAUAAUAUUCCGUCUAGGCAUUACUAUACUGAAAAAAGAGAGGCAUCCUCACUGGGACAUGGCAAUUCAUCUUUGGUAAGGCGUCAAGAAGGUCGUCUUCCGAGCCCUGAGGGUCCUACUUUGCCUCCAACUGUUUCCAAAAGGUCUGCAGACAUGAGACCCAUCGAAGGUGUCUCCAAUAAGCGUUCGAAACGGAAGGCUUCUGAAUCUUCAAGUAGUUCGUCAAGCACCAGUAGCAGUAGCUCCAGCAGCAGCGGCAGUAGCAGUAGUGGGAGCUCGAGUAGCAGUGGGAGCAGCAGCGAUGACAGUGAAGACGAGCCUGAAAAACCAGCGGCGAAAAUUGCAAAUAAAGAACCUACCCCUGAAGGCCCUGCCCUUCCUCCAGAGCUGGUGGCACCAACUCAGCCUGAAGGUCCUGCUCUUCCCUCUGAGGUGGAACAAGCCAUGGAAUGGUCAGAAAAUCCAGUCCACGCUAAAUCGACCUCUGCGAGUUCAGCGAGUUCAGGAUCUAGUGAUAAUGAAAAUAGUGACGAAUCUGGAUCAACUUCUAGUGGGGAUAGUAGCAGUAGUAGUAGUUCCGGUAGCAGUAGCAGUAGUAGCGAGAGUGACAAUGAAACCUGUGAAAAACCUGUGAAGUCUAAAAGGAAUGGUAAACAUACUAGGAAUCGUGAAAAUCAUUUGUCUCCAGAAGGUCCAGCUUUACCCUCUACUGCCCCUAGUUCUAACCCACAUAAGAAAAGUGAACGUCGAGAAUCAGUUGAAGAACUUUUGCGUAAACGAGCGUUAGAGUCUUUACUUCGCAGUUCCCGCAAACGACGCAGCUCCCCAUAA